AUGGCUCCACUGGGCUCCGUUCUCAUUACAGGCUGCAGCGAUGGCGGUAGUGGAUCUGCUUUAGCUUCCGUCUUUCAGCAACAUGGCUAUCUCGUGUUUGCCACGGCGCCCGAUACCAAGAAGAUGUCGAGGCUUGAGACAUUCGACAAUGUGAAACUACUAGCUCUAGAUGUGCGUUCCUCGGAACAAAUUCGGGCAGCGGUCGAGCUGGUCGGUAAGGAAACGGGAGGUUCUCUCAACUAUUUGAUCAAUUGUGCUGCUCGCAAUCGUUACAUGCCGAUAUUGGAUGAAGAUAUUGAGGAAGCUAAGAAACUUUACGAUAUCAAUGUUUGGGGUCCUCUCGCCGUGACAAAGGCGUUUUCGCCCCUCAUCAUCAAAGCAAAAGGAACUCUUGUUUUUAUCACCUCUGUUGCUGGUUGUCUCAAUACACCCUAUCAAGGAGUCUAUGCAGCGGCCAAACGAUCCGAAGAGAUCAUUGCAGAUACCUUACGUUUGGAACUGACACCAUUCAAUGUCAAAGUCUUAUGCGUCGUGACUGGAGCCGUCGACACAAAUAUCCAGACACAUUUCAAGGACCUGAAGCUACCUGCUGACUCUCUCUACACUCCAAUCGAAAGUACGAUUUGCGAUCGAGCUAAAGGCAAUGACGGAGCAAAGAGGAUAGAUCCUACUGAUUAUGCAAAGAGGGUAGCAGCCGAUAUUUUGAAAGGGAAGACCGGAAAGAUCUGGCAUGGCUGGAGUGCAGGAACGGUGAAGUUUACAACGAGUUUUCUGCCAACUUCUUUGAUGGACAAGGGUGUGGUGAUUGGUACCGGACUAGAUGUCUUAGCAAAGCAUGUUGAGUAG